GAAAUAAUUGGUAAGAAUUAGAAUCUUAUGUAAGAAAAAGUCAAAAACAGAAGGGAUUUGAGUAUUUUACGACAAUUAGCUGUAAGUUGAAAACGAUUUUCUUUUUCCUUAAACAGCAAAAUACAACAAAACUAUAUUUAAACAGGAUUCUUUGUAUGCGAGUCAUGAUAGUGCCACUUUUAUGAAGGACAAAAUGUAAUGGUCAAAGAUGGUUGGAAAAAAAAAAAAAAGUCAAAAAGUCAAAGAUUCCAAAUCAUUUAACCUUCUAUUGGACAGUGAAGCAACUCCUAUCAUAAUUGUCAUAGCCUUAUGCAGAUCAAAAUGUUUUCUGACGCAAAAUUUAAUUUCUCAGAAAUGGUUAGCAGAAAGAGCUUCAUCUACAUAUUGUUCUGCAUCAUCAUUCAUUCAUACUUGGUGGUUUCCGAUUCUGCCUCUUUAGCCACAAUCCAUCAAGGUCCAAACACCAUCAAAACAUGGUACUUGGGAAUAAAUUACAUCAACUUUCCUGGAGGAAUCAAUGAAACAAACACAGUAUGGAUCGCCAACCGAGACAAACCUAUUUAUAAUGAUUCUGGGAUUCUUACACUUGACAGAAUGGGAAAGUUGAUGAUUAGCUACAAAGGAGGUGAUCCUAUUGUGCUCUACAAAGGCAGUAAAUUCGCUGCUGUUAAUACAAGUGCUACUCUGCUGGACAAUGGCAAUUUUGUUCUGAGAGAAAUGAACUCUAAUGGGUCUGCUGGAAUGGUCUUAUGGGAGAGCUUUGCCUAUCCAACAGACACACUUUUACCUGGGAUGAAACUGGGAGUCAGUCACAAAACUGGUCAGAGAUGGUCUCUCACUUCUUGGUUGGCUGAUGAUACUCCAGCUACUGGUGCUUUCACUCUUGAGUGGGACCCUAAGGGAGUUCAAUUGGUAAUGAGAAGGCAAGGAAUGAUUUACUGGAACAGUGGGGCAAUCAAGAGAGAUUCUUUUGGUGGCGGUACAUUCUUUGAUUUUGUUAGUUCAACUUCAAUUUAUGAUCUCAAAAAUGUGACAAAUGAAGAGGAGGAGUACUUCACUUAUUCUGUCAACAAUAAGUAUGACGAGCAGUAUCGGCAAGGAAAAUCAAAAUUGAUGUUGGAUUACAAAGGUCUACUCCAAGAUGCUGAUAGAUUACAGAUCAUAGAUGUGGAAGAGUGCUAUGGCUACAACACUGAUGAUGGAUGCGUAAAAUGGGAGCAACCGAAAUGCAGGGGCUCCAACAUGAAAUUUGAGACAAGAUCCGGGGGGUUCACUAAGCCAGCUGGAGACCAUGACAUGGGAGUAUCUGAUAACAAUGGAAGCCUUAGUCGCAGUGAUUGUAGAGCUCAAUGCUGGAAUGACUGUGAUUGUCUGGGAUUUAUGGCAAACGGCGGAACUGGAUGCCUGUUUUGGAGAGGUAAAGAUCUGAAGUUUGAACAAGAUUACAGUGGUUUUACAACAAGUUUAGAUUUGCUCGUCAAAUCCUCUUCAGGAGGAAAGAAAGUGUCAUGGAAGGCAGCUGUAAUUGCAAUUUCUGUGCUUGUGCCUAUAUUUGCUAUUUUGUACUAUAUUGGCUGGAAGCUUAAGCUGCAAGGUUAUAUUAGAAUAAGGAAAAACAACAACCUAACUGACUUGGCAGCGGGCAUAUUAGCUAAUGACCUCAAAAAUGGUGGCCACAAUUUGGAAGUGUAUAGUUUUUCUUGCAUUGUUGAGGCUACGAAUAAUUUCUCACAAGAAACUAAGCUCAGUGAGGGUGGUUUUGGAUCGGUUUAUAAGGGAAAAUUGCCUGAGGAUCAUGAAAUAGCAAUAAAACGACUUUCAAGAGGAUCUGGACAAGGAUUAAUGGAGUUCAAAAAUGAACUCAUACUCAUUGCAAAACUCCAACACAUGAAUCUAGUUCGGCUGCUUGGUUGUUGCAUUCAUAAAGAGGAGAAGAUGUUGAUAUAUGAGUACUUGCCCAACAAAAGUUUGGAUUACUUUCUCUUUGAUCCAUCCAAGAGAGAGCUACUAGACUGGACUAAAAGGGUGAACAUCAUUGAUGGGAUUGCCCAGGGACUACUACACAGAGAUUUAAAAGCCAGUAACAUAUUGCUUGAUCAGAACAUGAAUCCUAAAAUUUCAGAUUUUGGCAUGGCAAGAAUUUUCACACAAAAUGAACUGAAAGCAAAUACUAACAGGAUUGUUGGGACAUACGGUUAUAUGUCACCUGAGUAUGCAAUGGAAGGAAUUUUCUCUAUUAAAUCCGAUGUCUAUAGUUUUGGAGUUCUAUUACUGGAAAUUGUAAGCGGUAGGAAGAAUAACAGUUUUCAUGAUCUCGAUGGUCCUCUGAAUCUUGUCGGAUAUGCAUGGGAUCUGUGGCAGAAAGGGGCAGGAUUGGAACUGAUGGAUCAGUUUUUGAAAGGUUCAUGUUGAGAACAACAGCUGCUCAGAUUUAUUCAUGUGGGACUGGCAUGUGUGGAAGAUUGCCCCAUUGAUCGACCUACAAUUUCUGAAGUUGUUUCAAUGCUAACAAAUGAAAGUUGGCCUUUGCCAGUGCUUAAAAAACCAGCAUAUUUCACCCGGAGAUUGAUUGGUGAGGAAAUACUAAACAAAUCAGAAAACUAUACGGUGAAUGGAUUAUCCAUUUCUGCAUUGAAUCCAAGGUAGUCUUUUAAGUAUACCUAAGAAUUUUUCUACUUGAGUCUAGAAGGUAUGUUAGGAAUAAUAGAUUGGCAACGACUAAUUUUCUUUGUUGGAAAAUAUAUUUUCUAUACUUCAAUAAAAGACACCAUCAACUUGAAAAUUUGUCUC